GCGGUUCGGCGGGAAAAUCGCAGCCUUCGGCUGAUGUAUUUGUAUCUGGAGAAUUGUGGAAAUCCGCGAGCUUGGGCCGGUGUAUCCCGCUCCAGCAUAGACUUCGCCUACAACAGGCUGUCACACACGGAGCUCGUGUUCCCGUCCUCAAAUUGCUACAGGAAACUACCGUGGUCUUCGACGACAUUAACGGUGUAGUUCCAUUGGGCCGUCCGAUUUCGAUUGAUGUCACAUUCGAGAACAGACUCGGAGUGGAAAAUACGGAGCUGCUUAGCCAAUACGCCACGUGCCCCUUGUGCGUGGAACUGGUUCAGCGUGUCAAAAAGUGGGUGAAAGAGAAUGGAUUUCUUCGUAAUGCGACGAAUGGGAUGCACUCUAGCUACACCUACACGUUGAUGGUCAUUGCGUUUUUGCAGCAGCUCCAGGUUCUACCCUGCUUGCAAACGGGUCCUGGAGCUAUAGCAUGGGACUGGGAGUAUGCCCAUAAGUGGCGAAGCAGUGCAAUAAUUCGUCUCUCGAAGAUCUGGCGGUCACGCGCCGGUCAGAGCAAGCUCUUCGAGGCAGGGAGCCGAUGCGAAUCUGGUGGCCAAACGAACUGUGAUGAGCAAAGACGAGGCAAGAUUUUUUACGAUUGGCUUGAGACCGAAUUUUUCCAGUAUCUUCACGAACGCAUUUCCUCAUGGCUGUCGGUGUUGCCUA